GCGCUUCCUCCUCCAUCCUUCGGGAGCGGAGGCCGGGCGGCCAAGAUGAGCAGCCCCCGAGGGCGCGGGCCGGAGCAGGAGGAGGACGAGGCGGGCGGCGGCGGGAUGGGGGAGCUCGCAGGAGACACCGGUGACGAGUCGGCCCCCUUCUCCUGCCUCUCCUGCCACGCCAGCUUCAAGGAUCCCCUGGAGCUCUCUGCCCAUGUGGAGUCCUGCUGCCCAGAGCAGCCCACCUGCUCUUCCGCCGGCGCCCCGCCCACCGCCGGCCACGAGACCGCCAGCUCUUCCUCCUCGUCCUCGGAAGCCCGUCCCGACAGCCCCCCCAGCAUGGAGGUGGAACCUGGGGCCUUGUCGGCCGAGCCGGGCCAGGAGCCGGGCCCUCCCCCUCCUGUCCCCACAGGACACCUCAACAUCCCGCUCAUUCUGGAGGAGCUGCGGGUCUUGCAGCAGCGGCAGCUCCACCAGAUGCAGAUGACGGAGCAGAUCUGCCGGCAGGUGCUGCUGCUGGGGUCUCUGGGGCAGGUGGGCUCCUCGGCGCCCUCCGCCGAGCCGGCCCCCGGAGCCUCUCUCCCGCCCAAGCCGCCCUUGCCGGUCUUCUCCAUCAAGACUGAGCCAGGCAGGACCCCGGCUUCCAGCUCCCCCGAGGUGCCCAAGCCGGCUUUCUUCCACCUGUACCACCCUUUCCCCGGAGGGGCCCGGGUCCCCAAAGCUGAGCAGCUCUUGGCUCCGGCCUUCCCCACGGCGACAGGGCUCUUGGCCGCUCAGUGUCUGGGGGCCGCCCGGGGGCUGGAGCAAGCAACUUCGCCGGGGCUCCUGCGGCCGAAGAAUGGCGGUGGUGGCGGCGGGGAAACUGGCUUGGAGGAGAAGCCGGGCGGGCGCCACAAGUGCCGCUUCUGCGGCAAAGUCUUCGGCAGCGACAGCGCCCUCCAGAUCCACCUGCGCUCCCACACGGGCGAGCGCCCCUACAAGUGCAACAUCUGCGGCAACCGCUUCACCACCCGCGGCAACCUCAAGGUGCACUUCCACCGGCACCGGGAGAAGUACCCGCACGUCCAGAUGAACCCCCACCCGGUCCCCGAGCACCUCGACUACGUCCUCACCACCUCGGGCCUGCCCUACGGCAUGUCGGUGCCGCCCGAGAAGGCCGAGGCGGGAGAGGAGAGCACCGUCCCGCCUGCCGCCCCCGCCGAGCGGAAGGCCCUCAGCGCCACCGAGAGCCUCACGCUGCUUUCCGGGGCCUCCCCGUCGGCCGCGGCCCAGGCCUUGCCCGGCUUCAACAAGCUGGUUCUGAUGAAGGCCGUGGAGGCGAAAGGGAAGGGCGACGAGAACACUCCACCGGAAAGGGAGGCGGAAGGCACUCGGCUGCAGCUGGGGAAGCUGGUGGGGUCGUUGCCCAGCUGGGCCCUGCUGGCGAAUCACUUCAAGGCAGGCGCGGCGGUGGGGCCGUUCCCGUACGUCUUGGAGGCCUCGCCUUCGGAGACCUCCAAGCUCCAGCAGCUCGUGGAGAAGAUCGACCGCCAGGGGUCCUCCUCCUCGGGCGCCGCCUCCGUCGCCACCGCUCAAGCCUCGGCCGGCUCCUCCUCCUCCCUGGCCGCAGCCUCCGGCCCCAACCAGUGCGUCAUCUGCUUGCGGGUCCUGAGCUGCCCCCGGGCUCUGCAGCUCCACUACGGGCAGCACGGAGGGGAGAGACCUUUCAAGUGCAAAGUGUGCGGCCGUGCCUUCUCCACCCGGGGCAACCUGCGGGCCCACUUUGUGGGCCACAAGACCAGCCCGGCGGCCCGGGCACAGAACUCCUGCCCCAUCUGCCAGAAGAAGUUCACCAACGCCGUCAGCCUCCAGCAGCACGUCCGCAUGCACCUGGGGGGGCAGAUCCCCAACGGGGCGCUCCUCCCCGAAUCCCCUACCCUGGAAGGCGCCGCUCCGGGAGAAGGAGAGAAGCCUUCGCAGCCGCCCCCGCCGCAAGACGGAGAGCUGUCGGAGGAAGAUGAGGAAGAAGCCACCGAUGACGACUCUCUGGAGAGCGGGAUGGAGAAGGUGGAGGGACCUUCCAGCCCGGAACAGGAAGCUCCGGGUCCUGCCAAGGAAGGGGAGGAAGCGGGACCGGCGGAAGAGGCGGAGGGAGGCGCCAGGGCUGCCUCCCCACUGGGGGAAAGAAGCCCUCGUCGCCCCACGCAGGAGGGGGAAGAGAAAGCCGAAAUGGAAGUGGAGGAAGGGGGGACCCUGCCGGAUGAGGAAGAGGAGGAGCAGGGGAAGGGGGCGGCAGGAGAAGGUCCGUCAGAGAAGCAGCAGGGCAGCCAAGCCAGAGAGGGGUUGACCCUGGCUUGCGGGAUCUGCAAGCAGGCCUUUCCGGACAGAGCCGCCCUGCGCAAACACGCACUGACGGCUCACCACCAGGUUAACAUGGCCAGCCCUGUGUGGAGCAGCAACCCGGCGCGACACGGACAGCGCCUGCCCUUGGAAGGCCCGGUGCCUGUCCUGUCGGGAGGACAGGUGAAGCUGCAGGACUUCCUGGGGCGCGACAUUCCAGCCCAGCUCGUGGGGGUGGGGCCGCUCUCUUUCUGGAACCAGUACACAGCCUUCCUCUCCGGAGGCCUCCCCGCCAAGCCGGCCCACGGCUCUGCUGCUUCUGCCUCAUCCUCCGCCUCCUCGCCGGCUUCCAGCAUGGCCGUCCAGGGCCUCUUUGGCUCUGGUAACGUGCCGGGGAAGGCGGCCCCCGGGGAGGCCAAGGAGAAACCUGCUGCGGGGUCCCUGCUGCUGCUCCCACCGCCGCCGGCCCCAGCUCCGGAAGGAGUCCCCGAGAGCCAAGGGAAGGGGGAGAAGUAACCCGAUCUGAACAA